CGCACGUGAACGCGCCCCCCUCCGCUGUCAUCAGUACAAACAUCAGCGACUUCCCGGGGUGCGCGCAGAGGAGCGAGAGCAGGAGGAGGACGGAGGAGAGAGCGAGCGAGAGAGAAAUAUCAAGAGAGAAAAGGAGAGAGAGGGAGGGGGGAGGCGGCGGGGGGAAGAAGGUGGGGGGGGGAUAGACGUUGAGGAUAAAGGCUGUCCGGCGAGAAACAUGAUGAUGAUGAUGAUGAUGAUGAUGAUGGAGUCGAGGCGGUGGAGAAUUGUGGAUUUCCAAGAAAGGACUGCUCGAAUUUGACAGAGGUGGUGUGUGGGGGGGCUUCUUCGAGAUUACGCCUGUUCUCGGUCUCCUGCAUGCGAGACCCUUUAUCUCCCUCCUCUAUCUUUUAUUUUCCCUCCUUCGACUUCAUUUGCACAUCUUACGUCGCCAUCUAGGCGAGACAGAGUGGUGGAGUACCCCCACGGAUGCACGGGAAGGUAAAUAAAAAAAAAAAAAACGACGAAAUAGGACAGCAUUUCCAUCCACCCCUCCUUGGACGCUCGUUGGACACCAUGAAAACAUCUACCGGGGCUGAUGGAGCACGGAAAGCCGCUUUAAAUUACAACAUCGAGCCGAAGACUGUGAAAUAAAGACCCCCCCCCCUUUUUUUUUAAAUGGAUUUUUGUUUUUAAUCAUUCAUGGCGUGGCCCAAAGGAAAACGAGCAAUGUUAAAUCACUUGUCGUGGUGAAUUAUUGAUUGGUGGGCUACUAUAGGUAGGCGAUGAUUUUUUUGUAUUUUUUCCACCUAGCAUUUUAUUGGAUCAAUAGCCACAUCCAGCUUGGCCAUUAAGUGGAUGGUGAAAAGUGUCUUUUUUUUUUACGUGGGUUUGAUUUCCUUUUUUGGGGGAAAAGGUGGACAGGGGCAGAGGACGGGGGGCGUAAAGAAAGAGGGAGAUUUCUAAUUAUUUUUUUUUUUAAAGAAGAGAAGCAAACAUGUUGCCUUCCCAAGAAGCCUCCAAGAUCUAUCACGGCAAUUACAACUACAACUACAACCCGCGGGCCGUCGGCGUGCUGUGGGCCAUCUUCACCAUCUGCUUCGCCAUCGUCAACGUGGUGGUCUUCAUCCAGCCCUACUGGAUCGGCGACAGCGUCAACACGCAGCAGGCCGGCUACUUCGGCCUCUUCCACUACUGCGUGGGCACCGGGCCGUCUCCCAGCCGGGAGCUCACCUGCGUGGGUAGCUUCUCCGACUUCAGCUCCAUCCCGUCGGGAGCCUUCAAGGCGGCCUCGGUGUUCGUGUUGCUCUCCAUGGUGCUCAUCAUCGGCUGCAUCGCCUGCAUGGCACUCUUCUUCUUCUGCAACACCUCCACCGUGUACAAGACCUGCGCUUGGAUGCAGCUGCUGUGCGGAGUAUGUCUGGUCCUGGGCUGCAUGAUCUUUCCUGAUGGAUGGGAUGCCGAGGUCAUCCGGGACAUGUGUGGAGAGCAUACGGGGAAGUACUCCUUGGGUGACUGCUCGGUACGCUGGGCCUACAUGUUGGCCAUCAUUGGCAUCCUCAACGCCCUGGUCCUCUCCUUAAUGGCCUUUGUCCUGGGCAACCGGCAAAAUGAUUUCUACCUGGACGACCUGCAGACUGACAACAAAGAUUUUGCCGUGUCCAGGAUUGAGGUUCGGGAUAGACGAGAGCCGAGGUACGGGGUGCAACGUCUCCACUGAGGACGACGUCACACUGGACAUCUUCUCUUCUUCUGAUAUUCCUCUAUGUUUCUCUUCCUCUUCCUCUUCUUCUUCUUCUCUAUUUCUCUUCUUCUUUCCAACGAUCAGGAUAUCACCCAAUGUCAAUACAGACACCACGUGGACAGGAUUAUGUCCGAUAAAACAACAACAACAACAAAAAAUCCUCAACAAACAAAUUCAUUGGGAUGAACUAUAUUUUGGAAAAAAAGGAAAAAAAAUGUGAACGUCUGUACAGUGGAUUGAACACUUGACUUUCUCUACAAAUCCUUUUCAAGUCUUCAUUUUUGUGAGAAACUCUCAAUAUGAGCAACCUCUUAUCUGUCAUUGAUUUCUUUUGACACCACUGUUUCGCAACUUUAUCGCUGUGUGUGUUUUUGUACACAUCCUCAUAAGCGACGAAUGCGAUUCCGUGUACAGCAGUUGCGUUUUAAUCUGCAAUAUGGCCGCCGCACGUGAUGAAACAUCAAGAGCAGUCGGCUGUGAACGACAUUUCAAGGAGUGGCCCAUAGCAGCUUGACAAACACCUCUGGGAGAUUCUCUGCUGUACAUACCAAACAUUGUAAAUAACAUUCAUAAUUGCUUAUUAUACAUAUAUAUAUGUUUUUUUUCUCUUAUUAUUAUUAUUGUACCAACACACUAAAGAAAAAGUGGACCGACAUCGCUUCGUUCUUCGUAAGGUGCCCAAGUGUGAUUUAUUUAUUUUAAACCACCUCAAUUCUUCAACCAGACUUUGCUAUCCAGAGUACAGUAGAACGUGAAUUUAUGAUUCUAUGUUUUCUUUGAUUUUGAUUAUGUUUAUACCUCCGAUCAGUGGGAGGCCAAAAGCACUCACUGGACAAGCAACGGUGCCUGCAGCAGUUCCAGGUCACAUUGAUCGACGCCAGAAGCUGCGUCAGUCAGCACAAUAAUAAACGUACUGCGCUGGGGUUAAUUAAGGCGGUAGCAAAUUGUAGAUUUUAGGGUACGACUUUUGUGUGAUACGUACCCUCAUUAACGUUUUGAUAAACGGUUCAUAAAGUGGUCAUAGGUCAGAGGUGACAAGUGAGGACACCUUUGUACUAUGCCUCUGCUUGUUGUAAAUGGUCGUCAAAACAAUGUCCAAAUAUUUGACGAAAAGCCUCUAAUUUUGCCAGUCACACCUGGAAGCAUUCGUCAAGAUUCCAGACUAACCACGAGAGGUAGCAGCACUUUAAGAAACAGUGAGCCCACACUUGUUGUGGAAAGUCAUUUAUAACAUUUAAUUUAUGUUUUACAAAUACUGCAACUACUUCAUUGCAGACUUAUGAAUCACUCCCAUUGUACACAUUAAUGGCAGUUUGCAUGAGAGGCAAAAUGUUUGAAAAUAGUUUAGCCCCCCUAAUCAAUAAUAACACAUUUAUGACCUAAUUAUAAAGUCUUUCUAUCAUCGAGCGUUUCUGUUUCUAGAAUCACAGAAGUCGUAUUGACACCUACACUUGGUAGCAUUCACAAAUUCAAAUUAAGCUUCUGAAUUUCAAAAAGGGACUCCUUUAUGCUUUCCUCACUGAAAUUCCUACACCCUAGUUCCUUAUUCAGUCAUUCACCCCCUCCCUCACCUCACUGUACAGAAGGUAAUGUUUACUCACGAGAGAGGGAUUUCAGUCUCAAAGUCACGUUUCAUUUAAAACUGG